GGCCUUCGCACCUCGGCUGCCGUUGCUGUUUUCCUGACGUUAAGCCGUUCUCAAAAUGUCAACGAUCAAGGAGCAGCUUAUUGAGAAUCUGAUUAAGGAAGAUAAAAUCUCCCAGCGGAAGAUCACCGUUGUUGGAGUUGGUGCUGUAGGCAUGGCUUGUGCUGUUUGUAUCUUAAUGAAGGAUUUGACUGAUGAACUUGCGCUUAUUGAUGUCGCAGAGGACAAAUUGAAGGGAGAGAUGAUGGAUCUUCAGCAUGGCAGUCUUUUCUUUCACACUUCAAAGAUUAUCUCUGGAAAAGAUUACAGUGUAUCUGCAAACUCCAAAAUAAUUAUUAUCACAGCAGGUGUGCGGCAGCAGGAGGGAGAAAGUCGUCUUUCCCUGGUUCAACGUAAUGUGAAUAUCAUGAAAUCAGUCAUUCCUACCCUAGUCCGUUACAGUCCUGACUGUAAGAUGCUUAUUGUCUCAAAUCCAGUGGAUAUUUUGACAUACGUGGUCUGGAAACUAAGCGGCUUGCCUGUCACUCGUGUCAUCGGAAGUGGCUGUAAUCUAGACUCUGCCCGUUUCCGCUACCUGAUUGGGAACAAGUUGGGUGUCCAUCCCUCUAGCUGCCAUGGUUGGAUUAUUGGGGAGCAUGGUGAUUCUAGUGUGCCCUUAUGGAGUGGGGUGAAUGUUGCUGGCGUUGCUCUGAAGACUCUAGACCCCAAAUUAGGAACUGAUUCAGAGAAGGACCAUUGGAAAAAUAUCCAUCGAGAAGUUGUUCAGAGUGCCUAUGAGAUUAUCAAGCUGAAGGGGUAUACCUCUUGGGCUAUUGGCCUAUCUGUGACUGAUAUAGUAGGAUCAAUUAUGAAAAAUCUUAGGAGAGUGCAUCCAGUUUCCACUAUGGUUAAGGGUUUUUAUGGAAUAAAAGAAGACAUUUUUCUCAGUAUCCCCUGCAUCUUGGGACAAAAUGGUAUCUCUGAUAUUGUGAGAGUUAACUUGAAUUCUGAAGAGGAGGCCCUUUUUAAGAAGAGUGUUAACACACUUUGGAAUGUCCAAAAGGACCUGAAAAUGUGUAUCGAGCUCCUCUGUGCCAGCUAGGCAGAUGCUAAUCCCCGG